AGAAUAGAAAAUGCCGAGCACUGGACAGAAAAGCAAAAGCUAAACAGGUCAACACCUUCCUACCUGGGAUAAGCUUCACCCACUGCUGUGCUGAUCUCUUGAGGUUUCCGUGACAGCUCCACAAUAUAUUUACCAAUGGCAGCCAAUAAUUAUUACGGCAUUCCGGUGCAUGGGCAGGCAGGGUCGUACACUGCUGCGGCAACUGCCUACCCUGCCACACCCGGUGCCAUUGGAUACACCGCAGUGGGUCAUGCUACCGCAGCAGCAAAUGCGGCAACAUCAUAUGCUCAAAGGGUCCAAUCUAAUGCAGGCCAAGCCGCCUAUACUGCUUACCCCCAAACUGCGCCCACUUAUGCUGCUGCCGCGCCUGCAACUCCUAUAGUUGCUGCAACUGCAAACGCGGCAUAUUCAUAUCCAGCGCAAUAUGCGGCAGCAACUGCAGCUGCUGCACAGCACUUGUCAACUGCAGCACAACAACAGGCGGCUGCUGCAGCCGCAGCUGCAGUUCCUGCGUAUUAUCCACAGCAAAGUAUUGCAUCCGUAACAUAUUCAACUAUUGAGAAUGCUUACCAGACACGACCAACCUACAGUCAUGCGGCUGGCUAUGCGCAUGCACAAUUGGCGGCCGCCGCCGCUAGACCAGCAAUGGCCGCUGCCGCUGCAAGGUCCGUAUCAUCCUAUCUUCCCGCCUAUACAUCAGCCUAUACCUAUGCGGCAUCUACCCCAACAACAUCCUAUAGUUACCCACCAACCCAGCUACAGGCAAGCAUCUCUGCUGUUGGAAAACCAAACAUCUAUGUACAACCACAUCAGGCAGCAACCAUCAACCUCACUCAAGUCCCUGUCGGAACAGCUAAAGUUGGAACAUGGAGAGCUGUCAAACCCAUCGGAGCUAUCGGACAAACAGCUGCCGCAGCCGCUGCUGUCUCCCGAGUGUUCAAAGGACCUCGUAUUCCUCCGAAGCCCCAACAGCUCCACUACUGCGAGGUUUGCAAGAUAUCCUGCGCUGGUCCGCAAACCUACAAGGAACAUCUGGACGGACAGAAGCAUAAGAAGAAGGAGGCGAGCAUGAAGACGGGAGUUGCUGGACCAACUACACGAGGAGGAAACGCACUCCGGUGUGAGCUCUGCGAUGUGACUUGUACUGGAUCUGAUGCCUAUGCAGCACAUAUCAGAGGAGCUAAACAUCAGAAGGUUGUAAAGCUUCACACUAAGCUUGGUAAGCCGAUCCCCUGCGUUGAUCCAGUUCUAGUUACCAAGGGAUCCACUGGAACCACUAAUACAGCUCCUGCUGGAGCUCAAAAUAUUACAAAUCUCGCCAAGUCUGGAUCAGGAUAUACAGGAGCUGUUGCUAGACAACCUGCGGUUCCCAAGAUUACAUUUGUUGGAGCAGACAAGAUCAAGACGGAGGGCGUGACUGUAAAGGUUCCGAUUCCGAGAUCCUAUCUGAACGAACAGGAGGUUACUAUUCCUCGUCUGCCCGAGGAGAAAGAUGUUCAACCCGUUGGCCAUGAUUACAUUGAAGAAAUCAAGAGUGACGACGGCAAGGUCGUCUCGUUCAGCUGUAAGCUCUGUGAGUGCAAGUUCAAUGAUCCAAACGCGAAGGAAAUGCAUAUGAAGGGACGUAGGCAUAGACUGCAGUACAAGAAGAAAGUUAACCCUGAUCUAGUGGUUGAUAUUAAACCAAGUCUCCGACAGCGGAAACUACAGGAGGAGAGAACCAAGAGAAGCCAGGCCAGGGAGGAGUUCUGGAAGAGAAGGGAAGAGGAUUUCAGGUUGAUGGAGGAGGAGGAGAGGGUGUACUGGGCGGAGAGGAGAAGGUUUGAAGAGGAGAUGGACGACAUGAACUGGUACAGGAGGUUCCCUACCAGAGGUCCCAACGCCAGGUUCGGAGGACCAGGAGGUCCCUUCGGAGCUCCACAUUUCAUGCUGAGACGACCGGAUACUGUGGACGACAGGCACUGCAUGGCUAAGCAUGAGACGAUUUAUCCAAGUGAGCCCGAGUUGGAAUCUAUACAGAAGAUUGUUGGGCAUACUGAGACAGCGCUGAAGAAAGUUAGUGAUCAUCUAGCAUCCUUGGAGCCUGGUGUAAAGAAUGGAAAUGAUAAGAAGGAAGAGGAUGGAAAGACUAGAGUAUUGGUUGGUGUUAUGAGGGUUGGUUUACUCGCUAAACAGCUCCUUCUCAAAAGAAAAAAACUCAAGUCAAACUAUAUAUUAAUGAAGGUGUUUUCUAUACUGUUUAUGUUGAAGGUCCGGAUACUGACCUCCCCUUUAUUAUUGUUUAGUAGUUUGAGUGUCCGGAUACUGACCUCUCCUAUAUUAUUGUUUAGUAGUUUGAGUGUCCGGAUAACCCUGACCUCCCCUAUGAUGAGAGAGACCGAAGAAGAAGCUGCUACAGCCGCUACACUUGAUCCUCCAGAUGUACUUGACCACGACAGGUGUAUCCAGGCACUAGCGGAGCUAAGACAUGUAAAAUGGUUCCAUUCCAGAGCUUUAUCCAGGCAUUCAUGCACAGUCGUCAUCAGGAUUCUACGAGAUCUGUGUGUCCGUAAUCCUACCUGGAGUCCUUUAUCCUGCUGGUCUGUUGAACUACUGGUUGAGAAGGUUCUUAACUCGGCUGGGUGUCCUCUCUCACCAGGAGAUGCUCUAAGACGCGUGUUUGAGGCUCUGGCCGGUGGAAUCCUACUCCCCGACAGCCCCGGGUUCCUGGACCCCUGUGAAAAGGAACCCAUGGACGCGGCCGCCGAUCUGACCAACCAGGAGCGCGAGGAUAUCACCAGCAGUGCUCAACACGCGCUUAGAAUGAUCGCUUUCCGACAAAUUCACAAAGUUCUCGGGAUCGAGGCGCUCCCCGCUCCUAAACAGUGGAGGGCUGCACGGAAACGUCGAAGGGAUUCAAGUACCGGCGAGGGAGAGGAGGCAGCAGAGGAGAAAAAAGAUAAAAAAGAAGCUUGAAAGCUAUUAAGAAUAAGAAUUUUUUGAACGCUGAAUAAUUAUCUUAUCCCAUCCCUCCGUGUAGGAAAGAUGAAAAGUGAAUCCCAAAAUACCAUUUUUUAAUUUGCGUAAAUACUUAAAUAAGCUUAAAUAAUGCUGAAGUUUAUAGUAUGUACAGUGUACAUACCAAUUGUGUUCAGUAUUUCUCAGAUUUAAUAAUUAUAUCUGAACACAUUAAUCCCCAACCUUUUACUUGAAAUGUGGGGCCUUGUUAUUGUUUAAUUUUAAUAAGCGUGUUGUUCAAUUUUUGUAAUUAAUUAAAUAAAAUUUUAAAAAUUA